CAACACAUAAUUUGACUGCACAGCCUGCAAACAGUUUCUGUAAGUCCAAUAAUCACCCGUUUAGGUCUAUCAAAACCCCUGUUUUUCUGACAGCAUCUAGGCAAAAAAAAAAAAGAAGUCAUGCAUUACAAAACCGAGUGUCAUGUGUCGGGGUAUUUUGGAGGCCUGCAGUUCAAACAGGUAUUUCCCCACUCCAGGUUGUUUUCGCCUGAUCCUCUUACAAGAUCUUCUCCACUUUGAAGCGUGUGUGUCUUUGAUUCACUCUUUCAGACCACAAUUAAGGAUGUAUGAGUUGCAGUGCUGUUCAAAGACCCCUGCCAAGAUCAAUGAUGGGAUUGACAGUCAAGUGAUGUCGUUUGCACAGGUGUGUACGAGCCGCUGUGUGUGUGAGUUUGCCCCUGUACGGGCCUUGUAAAUGUACUGCUGCCUUACAUAAAACUCGAGGGCAAUAAAUCAACAGCCGUCUGCGAAAAUUACGCAAACGGGGGCUUUCCUUCUCCUUCUCGCCGCACCUGAGCCAUUUCGAUACGGGGGCGUGCACGGGGCGUUUGGGGUAAUCGCAAGAUCACUUUCAUGCUGUUUGGCACACGCACACAUUCGCGCAAAGUUUAUUCUUCACACCAAGGUCGCUGCACUCGUGUAAGUGCACAAACGCUUGAUUGGUUGAACAGGGAUCUCCUGCCAUCCCAUGAUAACGCCCGACCCCACCAAUAAAUUUUAUCGAAAGUAGUUUUCAUUCUAACGAAAACAGAAGGCCGUUUUAGAUGCGCCUUCGUCAGCGAGUGCUGGGCUGGCUGUCUUGAGGGGCAGUGCUGAAAUGCGCCAUAAAGGAGGAGAUCAGGGCUCAUUUGCAUAAAAGAUCACUCGGGGCGAGUGCUACCCUGAGUGCAUUAUAUAGACGUAAGCUGCUGCUGCCGCCUCUUGUGCUAUCCAUUCUGUCGCUGGAUAGAGCGGGAGACCGGUCAUAAAUAAAAAGUAAGAAGUGAAUUCAGGGGGGAAGAAGAGAAAGAGAGAGAAAGAGAAACCCCUCCAACGUGCAUCGGAGCAAAGAGGAGUAUCCCGAGGAGAGGCAGCGCACUGGCGAGAUGAUGAUGAUGAUGAUGAUGCGCUGAUAAACUGCAGCGCAGAGGAGGAGACGCGACGCGGUUGUGCAAAGCGGGAUGUCCGCAUACAUCCGUUCCACGAGGUGCUGAUUAACUGCACUGCAACUUUAACUUUGCGCUCUAAGAAGCUCUACGGAGCUCCACUUUCGGGUCUUGUAAAGCGGAUCGGUCCGUUCGCACUGUGAUGGGGGCAGCAGCUGAGGUUGGGAUCUUCAACGGAUUUCUGGACAGCUUUGGCUCCGCGGGUGGUACUCAUUUCCUUCUCACCCCGGCCGGCGCGGUGGAAUACGGCACGGUGAGCGGACUCAUGCAGCAAGAGCAGCAGCAGGAGCACCUGAUGUCGUCCGAACGCCUUUCCCGGAGCUUAGCGGACCUCAGCCACCUCAAGGGGAUUCUGAGACGGCGACAGCUCUAUUGCAGGACCGGCUUCCACAUGGAAAUCCACCCCGAUGGUACCGUGCGGGGCACCAGAGAGGACCACAGCAGAUUCGGUAUUUUGGAGUUUAUCAGUCUGGCUGUGGGGCUGGUGAGCAUCAGAGGUGUGGACAGUGGCCUUUACCUCUCCAUGAACAGCAAAGGGGAACUGUAUGGAUCGCAGAAGCUAUCAGCAGAAAGUGUUUUUCGGGAGCAAUUUGAAGAGAACUGGUACAACACCUACUCAUCCAACAUCUACAGACAUGGAGAAAAAGGAUCAUUUUUCUUCGUUGCCCUGAACAAAGACGGUACACCACGGGAUGGAACGAGAUCGAGGCGACAUCAGAAGUUCACACACUUCCUACCAAGACCUGUCGAUCCAGACAGAGUACCAGAACUGUAUAGGGAUAUACUUGGACAGAGCUGAGGCCAAACCAAUGUGGGCCAGAAAGAGAACUCAAAGGGAUCAUGUGCAUCUCAUACUUCACGCCUUUUGAGGGGAACGUUUGAUUCAAAAGCGGUUGAAAGAAAUGCACAAGAUCCAGACUGCCGAAUGCUGGUACGGUGGAAGGAUAGCGACCCUCUCUGCACCACUUUGCAAGGGACUUUGGCAUAAAAGCAUCAGGAAAUGUCCGGGAUAAUGCAGCAGAAACCCCCAAAUAUUAUUGCCACAUGCAGCGGCAUCAGCAGCUAAGAUGGAUUUUCUUUAAGUCUCCAUGCUACCCGCUCGUCCAAAUUUGCAUGUUUAAGUGAACGAAGGCAAGUUGAGAUGAAAUAAGCAGAUAGGCGUUUCUUUUUUUUUUCCUGCCGCUUUUCUGUUUUAUUGCUACACCUUACUGAGGCUGCUAAGUAAACCACUUUGAAAAAUGUAUAGCCCUCUAUACAGAAUGGCUGGUUUACAGAAAAGGGUAGUUUUAUGCACUGGAAAGCAGCCAUGUUUGUGCUGUAGAAGGGAGCGGAAGCCAUCUAUCUGAAAGGUCCUGAUUGCUGAUGCACUGAAAAUGAGAAUGAGGACGAAGACAAGCAAAUUUGUAUGGACUUCCUUUGUGGCAGCGGUGCUCUGCUCCAAACUCUCAUACUCUACGACCCAGUGAAGGAAUUGUACUCUUCUCCUCGCUGAUUGCAGUCAAACGACAAGCACAGAGUGGACACAAGGAAUUUACAGACCUGCAGACAGAUUGUAUUCUUAUUUAUGAGGCUCUAAAUCCUGGGACAAACAUUAUAUUUAUUUCCUAUAUUUAUUUAUUUUAAGAAUAUAUUUUUACAGGGAUGACAAAAUAAA